CAUGGUUGUCGCGAACAAGCACGCCCGCGACUUUCGUCGACGCCGUCGCAAAGACGCUGAACGGCGGCGCGGACAUGGAGCUCGGGGAGACACACUUCACCAAAAACGACUACUUGGGGCAGGCUGUGAAGCACAACCGCACGACUAUCAACACGGUGCACAACGCCGUGCGGCGGGUCCUCAAAGAUAGCUUCAUCGCAGGCCAAUGACAUCGACGAGUGCACGGCCUGUGGGCCCAAGUCUCCCCCGACGGCGAGUAUGAGCUCGGCAACGGGUGUGCCGAAUGCCACUCCACGCGUGUGCCAGGUGCCACCCCACCGGACGCCACCAACUGCCUCAGCCUCUGCGACGGCAACCUCCCCAGCCGUGCAUUGCCCAUUGCCCUCUCGACUGGCUACUACGCCAAAGACCACCGCUGCGUGCCAGGCACCACGUGCGGCAUGGGCACCUGGGCCUCCAUCCCAUGUUCCGCGUCCUCCGACGCUGUAUGCUCUCCCUGGACCGAGUGCAAGCCGGGCCAGAAGGAGUACGUUUCUGGCAACGCCGUGCGCGACCGUGCGUGCGUGAGCUGCAUCCUUUGGCAUGGAGUACCAGCCGCUGCCGGAACGCGCCUCGUGCUUCCCCACCAGCGUGUGCGAGGAGCCCUUCAUCGAGACCAUCCCGCCCACGCUCACCACGGACUGCUUGUGCUCCUGCGACACGCUCACCUGCAGCAAGCUCAUCACGCAGCUGUUUGAGGAGAUGGUGUGCGCCGAGCCCACGGACGAGCAGCUCGACGUGGUGCUUGACGUGUGCUGCUCCGGCCAGGGCGAGGAUGGCAUCCGCGACACCAUUCGCCAGAUGGACGCCAACGAGGCGCGCCGCUCCUGCCCAGGCUGCGCAGACACGUGCGAGUGCAGCGCUGGCUUCAUCCUUGUCUACGAGGCCGACUCGGCCGACUGUCAGCCGUGCGACGGCGUGACGGAGUUCUCCCCAUCCAUUGGCGGCAGCAAGUGCGAGCCCAUUGAGGAGUGCGAGCGCGGCCAGGAGGAGGUCUCCGCGCCAACCUGCUGUUCCUUGGACCGCGUCGACGGCUCCAUGAGUUGUCAGAUGUGCCCCGCUGGCCACUACACGGAGGCGGGCUGCCACGGCUCCUGUUCCAGCUUCACCUGCCGCGCGGGCACUCACCACCACCACGACAGCGACUCGCCAGACCCCGUGCGAGGACGUCACAGAGUGCGCGGCGGGCUUGAGGAGGUGCAGGCCAUGACGUUCCUCAUCAGCGACCGUGCCUGCGACGACCAGGGCGUGCCCUGCCUCCCUGUCACCACGUACGACGCCGGCAAGGAGGAGACGGCCGAGCCCACCUCCACGAGCGACCCUGUGUGCAGCCAGUGCGAGCUUGGCGCCACCUUCAAGCCCGUCGACGGCCAGGCCGAGUCAUGCUGCCCCGUCACGCACGAGUGCGAGUUUGGCACCUUCCAGAGCCAGGUGCCCACGCUCGACUCCAACCGCGAGUGCACGCUGGAGUGCUCCGAGUGCCCCAGCGGCCGCUACGAGAUUCGCGCCUGCUCCACGCUGGAGAACUUUGAGCUGUUCCCCAUCCCCACGCCGACCACGGACCGCAUCUGCCGCGACCUGACCCAGUGCAACCCGUCGACGGAGUACGAGCGCCGCCUGUGCCACCUCAUCACCAAGUGCGACCCUGGUGAGCAGCGCAUCCGCGCGCCCACAUCCACCUCGGACACCAAGUGCGAGCCGUGCCUCAUCGGCAGCACCGACCACGACCGCAACCCGCUCACUGCCUGCCAGCCGUGGCCCUACGGCCACUAUGUGCCGGCGGGCUCCAUCGGCUCCUGCGAGCAGUUCCUAUGCCCGGCCGGCACCGCCGACGUGGACCGCCGCAACGCCAGCACACGCUGUGCGCGCCGUGCCAGGCUGGCAUGGACUUUGCCGCCCUCUCUGGCCAGCACGCCGUGCACGCUUGUGACGGAGUGCGACCUCGGCUGUCAUGAGGUGGUGCGCCCUACAAUGCGCCCCACCAUCUUCACUGACCGCCAGUGCCGCCGCUGCAUCGAGGGCCUGUUCUACCGCGACAGCAACACGGACUUCUGCACGCGCGUGUCGCCCUGCGAGCCUGGCUCGUUUGAGACGGCCGCGCCCACCAUCAGCACGGACCGCGAGUGCCAGAUGGGCCCGCAUAUGCCCCAACAACAACACUUCCUGUCCAACGAGUACGAGCUCGUUGCGCCGUCGCUGGUCAACGACCGCGAGUGCCAGCGCGUGCGCUCGUGCCAAGACACGGAGUACGAGUGGAGCAGUUUGAGGUGCUUCCACCGUGCGUGUGUGCCCGCGUACUCUGUCUCGCUCGUCUUUGACGCCGAGUUCAACGCCCUUGUCGGCACGCAGUCGGGUCGCGAGGCGUUUGAGGUCGCACUGGGCACCACCAUCGCCACCGUCGCUUCCCUCAACGAGGACUUUACGGCGCGCCUCUUCAGAUGGUCUACCUCUGGCGACAUCACCGUCAUGGGCUUCACCGCAUCGCCAUGCGAGGCCGACGCGUUGUGGACGACUCGCCGCGUUGCACUGCUGCUGCCACCACCCACCACCAACGACAGCAACGAGCUCAAGGCAUCGGAUGCAGUUGACUCUUGGACCACCACGGCGUUGUUGGAAGUGACGCCAGCAGCAGCAGUGGUGCACGCCAUUGCAACAGCAACGACAGCUGAUGAGGUGGUGGUGGUGAAUGUGAUUGUGUUUGCAUUCCUCACUAGUUCCAGCAACAGCAAGGAAGUGGGCACUGUGCUUCUGGUGGGCACGCGUGUGCUGGCUGUUGUUGGUCGCCAUCGACAGAGCAGCGUUGCAGUGCGCCAUGCGGUGUUUGAUGAUGCGUCGUUGUUGUUGUCACUGCUCAGCACCAACGUGCACAUGUCUCACCACUUCACCUUCUAUCCAAGCAAGAGAGGAAAGCAGAACCAGGGACACAGCACUGCUCAAGACAACAGUCACAUCGCAUGGUGCCACUUGCAAGGCAGCCAAACAGCCAAGUGCAACGUGGCCUGCACCAACAGCACCAACGACAAGGCCGCAGGCAUCCACCAGCCACCACUGUGUGUCAGGGUGCUGCAGGCAAAGAAGACACACAAAGCGGGUCACUCCACGACGCUAUUGUUGUUGUUGCUGCUGUACUUGAACGCCUCGCACCAGCCCUUCAAGCAAGCCCCUCCAGUGAUGCCGCUGCCACUUGCCACUGCCAUGGCCUCGUGCAUCGACGAUGCCGUCGCCAGCCAGUGA